GACAUUUAUAUCGUACACAUAAAAAUAAAAUUUCAUCUGUUAUAUGCGAAUACGAUAAGAAGUUCAACAGUUGAGAAAAGAUUGGCAACAUCAUGUCUCUGAGCAAAGGAAUAUCCUACGAGGAAGAAAAGAGAAAGAAUCCCGAGCUGAAGGAUUCUGACGUACAAAUAUUGAAAGAUUGGUGCGCGAAGCAACCGCAUCUACCGAAAAUCUCAGACAGUCAGUACGCGUUGUUCUUGCACAGCAAUUAUUAUCGCAUGGAACCGACAAAGAACACCAUCGAGGAAUAUUACACAUCCAGAACUCAUCUGCCGGAAUUUUUCUCCGAUAGAGAUCCGCUUGGAACGAAGAAUUUGCGAGAGGUGUUCAAAGUCACGGCACAGAUAACAUUGUCAACAUGGACGAAGGAUGAUUACAAGAUUGUUUAUACGAGGCUAAUAGAUUACGAUCCAUCGCGCUUUGUCCACAACGACGUUUUAAAAUACUUCACCAUGGUGACAGACCUGUGGUUAUAUCAGGAGGGCACCGCUAAAGGCCACGUGAUUGUCAUUGACAUGGAUAAAGUUACCUUUGCUCACGCCGGCCGCCUCAGUCCAAUAUCAAUCAAGAAGUUUCUUUAUUAUCUGCAAGAGGCUAUACCAAUCAGACUCAUGGGUCUACAUUUUAUUAACAGUAACGCAGUUAUGGAUAUUAUUUUGGCGAUGAUGAAACCAUUUAUGAAGAAGGAAUUGAUGGACAUGUUGCAUAUUCACACCACGAACGAUACAGUGGAGAAAUUUAUACCGGUGGAAGCGCUUCCGUGCGACUGCGGAGGAAAGGGCAGAUCGAUAAAAGAACAGCAGGAGGAACAACUAAAAAAUAUAGUGAAUUAUCGCGAGUGGUUUCUGAAGGAUGAGGCCACGGCUCGUGUGAACGAAGCCUUAAGAGUGGGCAAAAGCAAAUCGGCAACGGAUCUCUUUGGCGUAGAAGGAAGUUUCAAGAAACUCGAAAUAGAUGUUCUCGUCGAUGAUUACGUACUCGAACGUCUCGCGCAAUCUCUGAACGACAUUUCUAUGAGGUUUAUCACAAAACAAAUUCACACGCAUAUCGCUGUUUACGCUGUUUAUAGUGGAGAAAAUAUGCUAUUUGGUAUGCUACUUGUGGAAGAAAAGUUAACGGAAAACAAAUUUAAAUUCUGCGACACGAUGGUGGAACACGUAAUGCCAGUUCGGUAUGUCAGCGUGGAGGACGAAUGCAAACGGAAUCCGGAGUUGAGGAUGUCGGAUUUGCAAAUGUUGAAAGACUGGAUGGACAAACAGCCGCAUCUGCCGGACAUACCCAUACUCUAUAUCGUUAUGUUCUUACACAGCAAUUACUAUCGUAUAGAGCCAACCAAGACCACGAUAGAGAACUUUUUCACCGUGAGGACGCACAUGCCGGAAGUGUUCUCCAAUAGAGAUCCAGUCGCGUGGAAGGAAUUGCGUAAGGCCUUCAACGUCGCAGCGAUCUUUCCGUUGAAGGAAAGAACCAAGGAGGGUUACAUAAUGACUCUCGGCAAAUUUCUGAACACAAACCCGAGUCAUUUCAACUGUGCCGAAUGUCUCAAGUACCUUUUCAUGACAUGCGAAGUGCAAAAUGUGAUGAAGGGCACCAGCCACGGGCUGGUUAUCAUCUUGGACGCUACGGGACUCACCCUAGGCCACAUUGGCCGCAUGAAUUUGAUGAUACUGAAAAAGAUAUUGUUCUUCAUACAAGAAGGUGCUCCGGUUCGACUGAAGGCGCUCCAUGUGUUAAACGUCAUGCCUGCAGUGGAAACAUUAAUGAAUAUGCUCAGACCUUUCGUAAAAACGGAAUUGCUAAGUAUUAUACAUUUUCACUCGAAUAUAGAGAGCGCAAAGAAAUUUUUCCCCAUCGAGGCCUUGCCGAACGAAAUGAGCGGCCGAGCAGGACCUAUCAAUGAUAUGGUUGACGAGCAUAUAAAAUUACUGGAGGAAUUUCGAGCGUGGUUUCAACACGACGAGAAGAUCGGACGGGUGAACGAGUCUUUGCGAGUCGGCAAAUUUCAGGCGGGGGACGGCCUGUUCGGCAUGGACGGUAGCUUUAAGAAGCUCGAAAUAGACUAAAUCGGCACAAAGUGACGUAGAGUGUCGCACACUAUACUCUAAUAUCCAUUGUUUCAUGGUUCUCUUAACAAAUUACUCAUAAGUUUUGCCCAUGGAUCACGCGGCUUUACGCGGAGACCAGAAGGCAGAGGAGGAUGUGUUAUGUAACGGUAGAGUUCAAUAUUUCUCCUAUGUAAUAUAAAUAUUAGUCUUGUCGCAUGGCUGGCGUGCGUGUGCAAUUGUUCGGAUGCCAAUAAUAAUUGUCACACGAUUAAGCACUGCUACCGACGAUAUUGUAUUAUUACUUCUUGUUAUCCGCCAGAUUAUGCGUUCGUAAGAUUUAAUGAAGUAUUUCUUCGCGGUUCUUUUGUGUGCCGUAAAGAUGCGCCACGGGGGCACCUUACCGCACGUGCACGGUUGACGGUCACGGUCGCAACGUUAUCAUUUCGCGCAUGCUAUUCCAAUGACGAUUAGUUUACAACGCAAAUUAGACACUCGUAUAUAAAGCUGAAGGAGUGAAGAGGCGCGUCCGACAGUGCUCGCCAGUUCUCUGUACUGUUCGGUACCCAGUAUCCUUACCCUUGACAAAAACCAGGAAAACAAAAAAGGGAAUAAAGGAAAAAAAGAGGGAAAAAAAGAUCGCGUUAAAAAUACCUUUCGAAUACCGUCCGCAAGAAGCGAUUCGAACGAAAGUGAUUUCUCACACACAAUAAAUAAGAUACAUUUUCACUCAUCGUUGGAAAGCGCAUCCAAAUACGUUUCGGUGAAUGAGCUGCGGUGAAUGAAGCGGGCGGAAAGGCUGGUUCUAUGUACGAGCUGGCCCAGAUUCAAAUAAAGAAGCUCGAAGAGUAUCGCGAGUGGUUUCUAAUGGACGAAACGAACGGACGUGUAGACGUGAAGCGAAACGACUUGGUAAGAGUAAGUCGGCGAGCGACUUGUUUGGUGUGGACGGCAGCUUUAAGAAACUCGAAAUUGACUGACGCAGACUUAUUCAUCCGGUAUGCAAUUAUAACUAUAUAAUCCAUAAUCGCAACUUCUUCGCCAGUUGUAAUAUGUUUCUCAUGUUCUCCGUGUGUACCUCGCAUAUUACAAUGUCAUUUCUGAUGAGUCAUAUUAGCAUUAGCAUCUAGCAUUAUGCAAGAAAGAAACGAGCGUUCAAAGAACAAGACCCCUUACGUAAGAAGGUCGCGGUAGUAGAAAUACAUUAACAUUUCCUGUACUGCUUAUAUAAAAAGUAUCUUAUAAAAUUGCAUUAUACAAAAUGUCCGAUUAAUGAAUUAUUUAUAUAUGAAGCUGUACUAAAAUAGAAUAAUUACGAGUAGACAGCAUUGGAAAUUGGAAGAUUUCACUGAAUAAAUACUUCCUUGAUAUUGCCUACAA